AUGGACGGCCCUAUCUACUUCAUUGAAGAUAGCCCUGGCCUGUUCAUCGACUCGUCGGCCGAUAGUCUGCGUCCCAUCACCUUCGGUGACGUCAUCCUGGGUCCUCCAAUCAUCGGCAAGUCCGGCAUGUUUUUGGCCUGCUUUGCCGAUCCUGUCCCUGGCCCGACCGGAUUUCUUUGCCCCGAUACCAAUGACACCGACAACCCUUCUUGGACUACGUUUCAGCACGUGGAUAACUCGGCUAGUAAGGGCAUGGACGGCCCUAUCUACUUCACUGAAGAUAGCCCUCGCCUGUUCAUCGACUCGUCGGCCGAUAGUCUGCGUCCCAUCACCUUCGGUGACGUCAUCCUGGGUCCUCCAAUCAUCGGCAAGUCCGGCAUGACUAAAGAAUGCCCGGUGACUGAUAUUCGUUUGCGAAGCUCAUCCACUACCGAUGAAACGAGUACCACAGAUGCCAAGGAUGUUGACUUGUCUUCUGUGGCUCAAAUGCUUGCCGAAUUAAUUAAGGGCCAGCAACGUAUAUCACAAGAAAUAGCAGAUAUCAAGGACAUUCACCAGGCUGUUAAAUCAAGGUUUGAUGCCUUAGAGACACGUGUCGCCGCAUUAGAAUCACUUCCAGCCACACUUCCUUCGAUCGGAAACAAUGGUAAAGUGAAUAAUGAAAUUCAGCAGCUACAAAUAAAAAUCGACCAACUUGCUUUGCGUAAUGAUGAUCUAGAAAACCGAUCUCGCCGUAAUAACUUGUUGCUGCAUGGCUUGACUGAGUCACCUGAUGAAACUCACGAUCUUCUGCUAUCUAACAUUUCCACGUGGUUCGAAGAACAACUUGAAAUCAAAUGCCCGAGUAUUGAGAGAUGCCACAGAAUUGGUCGUAGGCAUGCUGACCGCCCACGCCCCAUUAUCAUGAUAUCGCUCGACUAUCGCGAGAAAACAAACGUCCUUAAAAAUGGUCACAAACUUAAAGGUUCCGACUUUCGUAUUUCUGAAGAUUUUUCAAAGCGCAUACGAUCAAUCAGAAAAAAGAUAUGGGAAGCAUCUAAGCCCUUUCGUGAUAAUGGCUCCAUUGUUCACUUAAGCUUUGAUCAUGCAUUUAUCAAUAAAGUUAGGUACAACUGGCACGAUGAUACUAACACCCUCACUAAGGUUCCUCCCCGCCCAACAAAAGUCACCACUGUUAAUCCCUGACGCCUUAGUAGGCAACCACAAGAACCACUACGCGUUUUAAAUGUUAAUGCCAGAAGUUUGAUUAACAAGUUUCCAAAUUUUCUUUCGCUGAUUUCUGCCCAUUCACCACAUAUUGCUGGGGUAACGGAAACAUGGUUGCAUGAUGACAUAUUCGAUAGUGAAAUAACUCCUCCAGGUUUUACAGUUGUUAGAACUGAUAGACGUCAUAGAAGAGGAGGUGGCGUCGCAUUAUUUUUGCGGUCUGACCUUAAAUUUUCAAUACUCCCCAACCCACCUGAUACCGAAUCAGUUUGGUGUAAGGUCUUUUUCGGAAACAUUUCUAUAGUAUUUGGCGUUAUCUACCGACCGCCGUCAUCGAACAUAGAUCAGCUGCUCGCUUUAACGACAUUCAUGCACGAGCGUAUCUUGUCUUCUUCACGCGUUAUCUGUCUUGGAGAUUUCAA